AUGCCUGGAGAGGUCAUCGACCGACCGAACCCGGCGCCUAAGCCAUCGCAUGUCCCUGAUCUUGUUUGCGAGCUGCUUGUUCCAGCCCAGAAGACGAAUCUAGAUCAGAGUGACUGUGAUGCGUUGUAUAAGUAUCGCCGGGCGGCGGCGUAUAUUGCUGCUGGACACUGGGGGACAUGUCCCGGGUUAAUUCUCGUCUACUCCCACCUUAACUUCAUCAUCAAGAAACAGAACCUCGACAUGCUGUAUGUUGUUGGUCCGGGCCAUGGAGCGCCUGCGUUGCUGGCUUCGUUGUGGCUAGAAGGGUCCCUUGGGAAAUUCUACCCCGAGUACGCCAAGGAUAAGGAAGGUCUUCAUAACCUCAUUUCGACCUUCAGUACCAGUGCCGGGUUGCCAAGCCACAUCAAUGCUGAGACUCCUGGUGCGAUUCACGAGGGGGGCGAGCUUGGCUAUGCGCUGUCUGUCUCCUUUGGCGCGGUUAUGGAUAACCCCAACUUGAUCGUCACUUGUGUGGUGGGAGAUGGAGAAGCAGAGACUGGUCCCACAGCUACAUCAUGGCACGCAAUCAAGUACAUUGAUCCCGCAGAAUCAGGGGCGGUGCUUCCAAUCCUGCACGUCAAUGGCUUCAAGAUCAGCGAGCGCACGAUUUUUGGUUGUAUGGACAACAGGGAGAUCGUUUGCCUGUUUACGGGCUACGGGUACCAAGUGCGCAUUGUCGAGGACCUCAAUGACAUCGACAAUGACCUCCACAGCUCUAUGCUCUGGGCUGUUGAGGAAAUCCGCAAGAUCCAAAAGGCCGCGCGGUCUGGAAAGCCAAUUAUGAAGCCGAGAUGGCCUAUGAUCGUAUUGCGGACGCCAAAGGGCUGGUCUGGACCGAAAGAACUGCACGGUCAGUUCAUUGAGGGGUCGUUCCAUUCUCACCAGGUUCCUCUUCCCAAUGCCAAGAAGGACGACGAGGAACUCAAGGCUCUGCAGAAGUGGUUGUCUUCGUACAAGCCGGAAAACCUCUUCACAGACGAUGGCGACGUCAUUGACGAAAUCAAAUCCAUUAUCCCUCCUGACGACAAAAAACUUGGUAUGCGACCUGAGGCCUACAAGAGCUAUAUAGCUCCGGACCUUCCAGACUGGAGACAGUUUUGCGUGUCUAAAGGAGAACAAUUCAGUGCGAUGAAGACGAUUGGGAAGUUCAUUGAUCAGGUUUUCGUCCAGAACCCCCACCUUGUUCGAUUGUUCUCGCCGGAUGAGUUGGAGAGUAAUAAGUUGAGCGACGCUUUGAAACAUACCGGGAGGAACUUCCAAUGGGAUGAAUACUCUAAUGCGAAGGGCGGGCGGGUGAUUGAAGUCCUGAGCGAGCACCUGUGUCAGGGCUUCAUGCAGGGAUAUACGUUAACUGGCCGAGUGGGCAUCUUCCCGUCGUAUGAGAGUUUCUUGGGCAUCGUCCAUACCAUGAUGGUCCAAUAUGCCAAAUUCGCAAAAAUGGCCCGGGAAACCAAAUGGCACCACGCUGUAAGUAGCAUCAACUAUAUCGAGACCAGCACCUGGGCGCGGCAGGAGCACAAUGGCUUUUCCCACCAAAACCCAUCUUUCAUCGGCGCUGUCCUCAACCUGAAGCCGUACGCUGCUCGCGUUUAUUUGCCGCCAGACGCCAACACAUUCCUCACCACUGUGCAUCACUGCUUGAAAUCAAAGAAUUACAUCAACCUCAUGGUGGGCUCCAAGCAGCCGACUCCAGUAUAUUUGAGUCCUGAGGAAGCCGAAAGUCACUGCAGAGCCGGUGCCUCGGUCUUCAAGUUCUGCAGUACCGAGGACGGAAUCCGUCCCGACGUGGUGCUUGUCGGAAUCGGUGUCGAGCUGAUGUUUGAGGUCAUCUAUGCGGCGGCAAUCUUGCGACAACGUUGUCCCGAGCUCCGCGUUCGCGUUAUCAACGUGACGGACCUGUUUAUCCUCGAGAAUGAAGGCCUCCACCCUCACGCUCUGAAGGACGAGGCAUUCGACAACAUGUUCACAGAGGACCGACCCAUCCACUUCAACUUCCACGGGUAUGCGGCCGAGCUCAAGAGUCUGCUCUUCGGUCGUCCUCGUAUCCACCGGGCUACUAUUAACGGGUAUAAUGAAGAGGGUAGCACCACUACUCCAUUUGACAUGAUGCUUGUAAAUGAGGUGUCCCGCUACCACGUAGCUAAAGCAGCAGUCACCGGAGGAGCAAAGUGGAACGAGCGGGUGCAGGUGCGACAGCAAGAGCUUUGUUCGGAGUUCGAUCACGAAAUCGCUGAGACGCGGAAAUACAUCGUUGCGAACCGCAAAGAUCGUGACGAUGCGUAUGAUAUGCCCUCGUUUGACUAG